GUGGCUCUUAGCUCCGAAGGCGAAUUAGUUCCUCAGAGAAACAAUCUCGACUCCGCUCUCUAACCCUCUUAGUGGUGGUGGUGGUGGUGUGUGUGGGGGGGUCUUCUCUCUGGUUGCUAAGGGCAACGGGGUGAGAGAGAUGGUGUGUAUUUGCGGAGCCCCAGCUGCGCGCCUGUUAAUACCACCGCGACCCUCACGUCCUCGCGCAAUUCUCCACACUGGGUUGGCUGCUUUGAGGGAAGAGGAUGCGCGCACGGAUUUAGUUUCAGUGUCUUUUCCCGUCUGGAGCAGAUUAUUACCUUUCUCCUGCACGCAGGAACGGAUUUAGCAACACGAACACAAGAUUUGCGGUCCUUGAUCUGAGUGAUGCAGAAGCCCCUCUCUCCGAACGGAAGCCAGACGAGAAGAAUGUCAAUGUCGGCUCGUGAUCAAUGAACUCCGUUCCAUCGAGUGGCGAAGGAAGUAAUCUCAACACCUGAACGCAAGGGAUAUUACUUGAGCGCACACUUUUUUUAAGGACAUGGCGGCGGCAGCGGCAUCAUGGGCCGGUCCCGUCGAGGGGGAUGGGUGCGAGACGGCUGUGGAGGCGGAGCCCACAAACUUGGAGACUGUCACAGGCCAAGCCGAAGAGGGGCAGCCCGCCGCUGAGGCCCAGCAAGCCUCAGAGCAGUCGGCCGACGGCAAAUCAAAGCCAGCAUCUGAGAAAAUCUGGGGGUCCUUCCUGAAAAACAGUGGACUGGGGAAAGUAAUGGGAGGGAGGAAGAAGAAGGAACAAGCGGGUGGUGGGGAUGGAGGGGAGGGCGUGGAGCAGGAGAAGUCGCCUACCCAUGGCCCGGCUACCCAAGGGGAGGGAGCCUCGCCUCCCUCUAGCCCUAAGGAGCAGUCGGCCAAUGAGGGAGGCACCGAGUCUCAGGAGCAGGGCAUAGAGAAGGAGCCCGAGGGCGAGGAGGGCACACAAGAACAAAAGCCAUCGAGCAAGGACGCGAAGCCAAAGCAAGGGGAGAAAUCCAGCGUGCGGGACUUCAUUCGCAAGCCCGUCGCCAGGAUUUUCUCUCACAGAAGCACAGAGAAAAAAGACUUUGGCACUGAUGCUCCAAAACGUGGGAAGACCCGAUCCAAAUCUCUAGACAGACUCGAGGAUGCUGAAGUCUGUCCUGCUGAAACGGACCAAACGGAUGAAUCUCAAGUAGCAGGAGAGUCGCAAAAGUCUGCCGCUCACUCAGCCAAACAUAUGAAACGCUGGCAUUCCUUCAAGAAGAUGAUGGCCCAAAAGAGUCUUAAGAAAAGCACAGAGGACACCAAGGAUGUGGAGAGUGCAGAGGGUCCCGGCAGUGAUACACAGAUAGAGUCGGAGGCUUUGGAGUCAGCUACAAAGUUGGAACACAGUGGACAGAAAAGGUGGAAAUUGAAGCGGUCGUGGACAUUCCAAGGGCUGAAGAGAGACCCCUCUGUCAUCGGCAUCCACAAACCAAAGGGCUCUGACAAGGACUUUUCAGAUAACCCUAAAGGUGAAGAAACCCCUGCAGAUGUUGACCAGGGGGCUGCAGCAACAACAGAGGAGCCCAAGGCAGCGGGAGAAGGGGAGGCCGCAGAGAAAACCAGUACAGAAGAGGAUAAAGGCCAGGGAGCGCAGCGCACAAAGUUAGUUGACCACCACGCCAAUGAAAUCUGGACCUCCUUCAAAAAACGUGUGAUCCCGAAGUCAAAGAAAGCUGGGGAUGCAGGUGGCGGUGGCGGCGGCGGCGAGGAAGAGCAAGCGGGCGAGCACGAGCAAAUGGAGGAGCAGGCGGGCCGCGAACACGGCAAGUCCGGCAAGACAAGAAGGACUCACUUCAACCGGGCCGUGUCGCUGAAGAAUUUCAUCAUGCGCAAGGGGAAGAGCGCGAGCGUGGACAUGGGGGAAGGCGGGGCCGGGCAGAAAGAGGAAGGUGGCGAGGGCGCCGAUGUGGGCGGCCCCACAGGCGAGGAUGUCAAAGAGAGCGACGGCCCCGCCGACGAGGGUGAGUCUGAGGGUCCAGCGGCCGUACAGAACGGGGGCGACGAGGCAGAGGCCAUGGGCGCUGACGGGGAAGAGCAGCAGCCAGACGCGGCAACGUCGUCGGGUCAGCAGCCGGAGACGGCUUGCCCAGAUGCGCCUGCGGCAAAGGAGGAGGCUCAAGCAGAGCCCGUAACGGGGCCCAAGUGUGGAGAGAAAACACACGGGCAGAACGGGUCCCCUGGCACCGGCUGUGAUGGGAAAGCCUCGGCGGCGGGAGGGAAAGAAGAGAAAACUGAGGACAUUAUAGCACAGGAACCUGAAUCAGCUCCCCAGGAAGACGGGCCUCAAGAAAAAGCCAAACAAGAGGAUGUCAACUCCCAGGAGGCAGCGCACCAGGCCGAGAAUGCUUGCUCUGGCAGCUCAAAGGAUGAGAAGAACCUGAACCAAGAGCAAUGCUCUGAAAGGAAAUGCUGUUCUGGCAACCCCGUUGCCCAAAGCGGUGAGUGUACAGCAGAAAACGACUGCUAUGAUCUCCAGCAAACUGGAGGUGACAUAGUAGUACUAGAUAAUAGCUUUGAGUUAGAGCCUAUUUUGGAUGGGCCUCCUCAAAAUGGAGGCGCCCAUCCUGGUUCAGUCAAAACAGACACUGAACCAAUUGACCAAGAGGAGGACCAGAAGAGGAUGUUCUACGAGGCUGCGGCCUCCAUCGUCCAAACGGUGGUGUCAGCAGCCGCCAAGCAGUUAGCGAAGGAGAAGGACCUCCUGGACAAUGGGUUUAAGGGCUCCUACCACAACAACAAUGACAACUAUCCGGAUCUCGAUAAAAAAUGGCGGGAAAGGUGAAGCCACACAAGGAGCAUUAGAUCUGCAUGGGAUUCGUUCAGCGAGGAGCUUUUCCCCCAAAAACGGAAUAAUCACAUGUUUACGUCCUGAUUUGUUGUGGUGAGAGUGAUGCAAUACGUAUAAAUAAAAUUCCAAGUCUCAAAAGCAAUAAUUCAAAGAUCAGAGCAGUCCUUUCUACCAUUCCAUUGUAAAUGUUUACUUGUCCUCUUGUGAGAUUUUAUAUUGUCAAAAAAAGACAUUUCAUUCCUUUCCCAUCAAAUGUUUAUUACAAGGAUCUCGUACUCGGGAAUCAAAAGACUGUUAGUUUUUUAAUGACUGCAAUUUUGUUUGAUCGUAGUUUUCCUUCACUAGACAUUACAAAGUGGAACAUGAACCCAUCUGAAAAAAAAUCUUCCUCCAAACCAUCCCAUUUGUGGAUUCAUUGAGGAAUGUGUUCCAAUCUCUGUGUUAAUGUUUUUAGACUGUUAUCUUGUGUACAUGAAUAAACCAUCAAAAAUAUAUGAAAUCAAUUGUUGUGUUUUCUUACAUAAGAAACAUUCCUUUGAUGGUACCAGAAUGUGAUCACCCAGUACUUUUUGUUGGCCACUCUGUGCUCAGCUUGCCAACAAUUUAGAAUAUGAAAAAAAUGUAAUAGACUAAAAACCUAUCUGCAUUCAGUAGGCCGAUUUUCAAUUUCACUUUAUGAGACUCUGUAUUAAAAUGUUCCACCAUGUUACUUAAAGUAAGCAGUAGGAUGCCAUUUGCUAGAACAGAGCAAGUCAAUACAUUUACAGCACUGUGGGUAAUUCAGUAUACAGCAUUCCAAUCCAUGUACAGUAGAACUAUUCACAGAGAGGUUUGGUAUAUUUUUUGUGGUGAGGGGUAUUCGUAUGUCUGUGUAUCAAAUGCUAGAAAGGACUAGCCAUUAAUGCUGCACGAUUGUGGUUAAAAUGCAAAGUCAUGGUUACAAUGGCAGUCAUUAUUAUAUAAAAACUGCAGCUGUCCGAGUGAAUGAAACAACUUCUUUUAAAAUCAAAUGGAAUUUUUGGUUUGCCUGAGAUGGCCUUAAAAUGGAAAUGAGCCAAGCCUAUCGACCCAGACAUCAGUGUCUGAGUCUGUCAGCUUGUGCCCAUGGCUAUGCAGCAUCGUGUGGCAGCCAUUCUGAAAGUACCAUUUGUGUUGCAUCUCAUCCUCCACCUUUUCCUUACCAUCCUGUACCCUGUUGUGCCCCCCCCCCACCCCCCCUCCCCCCUUCUC